GACAAAACCCCCCACCUGGUUCCAAACCCUUCUUCUCUCUCCAACGACGGACAUCACCGGCGACACCCUACGGUCAGUCACCGGAGCUUAGUUUGCGUCGGAAAAUAUAUCUACUGUUCCAAAAGUAUUUCAAUCGUGGAUUGAAGUCUGAAGAAUAGAUGGAAACAAUGGAUGGACCCGUUCCGGAAGUUCGAACCGAAGGCGAACCCGCUGUUGCGGAGCAAUUAGGGCAAAAUGUUGAUCAGAUCAUCGUGAAGGUUGAUGAGCUUGAGCAAAGAUUAAACGAAGUUGAGCAAUUCUAUUCAAAGCCAGGAAAAAAACAGUCAAACACCUCUAAAGCAAGUUCAGUGAUGAAAGAAAAAGAUAAAGAUAAACAAAUAACCAGCUUUAAAAGACGCCAGCUGGACGCAUCACGCAGAGAAGCAGCUGCUACAAAAAGAAUGCAAGAUCUUAUGCGACAGUUUUCUGUAUUAUUACGCCAGCACAUCAUAUAUCCUUUCUGUGAACGCCACAUCAGCGCCAUGUCAACAAAAUUUGCCACAUAGUAAUUUACUAAUUUCCCCCCCAAAAAAAAAAUUAGCCUUUUGCAACAUUACAUGAAAUCUUUAUAAUGGUUAUUGUUUGGUAAUGGUCUCAUUUUUAAUAAUUUUAUGUAUUUCCAUAUUUACCCUUCCUUAACUAUCUUCAUUUAUACUGGCCACAAGUGGGCUGGACCAUUUAUGCAACCUGUGGAUGUAGUAGGGCUUGGUUUGCAUGAUUACUAUGAGGUUAUUGAAAAGCCAAUGGACUUCAGUACAAUUAAGGCCAAAAUGGAGGUGAAAGAUGGGACAGGGUAUAAUAAUGUGAGAGAAAUAUGUGCAGAUGUGAGAUUAAUUUUUAAAAAUGCUAUGAAAUAUAAUGAUGAAAGAAACGAUGUUCAUGUCAUGGCCAAAACUUUACUCGCAAAAUUUGAGGAAAAAUGGCUCCAACUUUUGCCAAAAGUUGACGAAGAGGAUGAAAGACGAAAAAAGGAAGAAGCAGAAGCACAGUUAGAUAUCCAACUUGCUCAAGAGGUUUCUCAUGCCAAAAUGGCUAGAGACUUAAGUGCUGAACUUGAAAAGGUUGACAAGAAUCUCAAAGAACUUAGAGAAGUUGUCCUCAGAAAUUGCAGGAAAAUGUCUACAGAAGAAAAGAAAGCGCUAAUGACGGUUUUGACCCAAUUAUCCCCCGAAGACCUAAACAAGGCGCUGCUAAUUGUCGCCCAAAAUAACCCAAAUUUUCAAGCAACCGGUCAAGAAGUUGACCUCGACAUCGACGCACAGAGUGAGUCAACGUUAUGGAAGUUGAAGUUUUUUGUGAAAGAGUUACUUCAAGGGCAAGGAAAGAGUCCGACAAGCAACGGUGGAAACAGUACGAUGAACAACAACGUUAAUCAAAACAAAAGGAAAAGAGAGAGUAUUGAUGCACAAGCCGCCAAGCCGCCUGCUCAAAAAAAGAAUAAUAAAAAGCCUUCGUAAAUCGUAAUUGCUCUUGUUCCUUUUUGGUUAAAUCUGUGAUUAUGUGAAUAAUAAUACACUUCGCUUAAUUCACUUAUUGUACCUUUUCUUUUAAAUAACAAAGAACCCACUAAACUUUCGGAUUUCUUUUUUUUUUUUUUUUUAGUUUGAC